CUAUCUUCUUUAGUCUGGCCACGCCCUCCCAUACUUCGUAUAUGGUCGGGUGAACUUGCAAUGAACAGUUCGUGCAGACACCCCAAGAUUUUCUUGGGGUGUGAAACCGCUUGUCAAGUGCCUUGUGGGCCGUUGUGGCCUGUUGUGUAAACUGUUACGUAAGCUAUUGCAUCACGAAAAAGUAGCUAGAUAUGGGCCUCUACUGCUGUUUGUGUGCGAAUGAGUCUCUGGACAACCGAAGGCGAAAGAAGCUCAAUGGUCAUAGCUGUUCUGAAGCAAGAGAAGUACUUGUGCAGCUCCUUCCAGUACCUCUGCAUUGCAUCCCUGAAACUAGUGCUAGUGACAGUAUAUUGUGUCACCAGUGCGAGAAACAACUGAAGAAUGUCCAUGCUCAACAAGAAAAGCUAUGCAAGGUAAAGAAGGAAGCAACAGAGCUAAUAAAUGGUCUGCUUUCAAGACAUGCAGAAGAUAACUUAUUACCACCACCACCAAAAAGAAGUAGAGUUAUGCAGGAACCCCCCACACCACCCAUUCCAUCAUCUGUUUCAGUACCAACCAUUCCAUCAGUGUCAGCAGCAACCAUUCCACCAGUGUCAGCAGCAACCAUUCCAUCAGCGUCAGCAGCAACCAUUCCACCGGUGUACGUGUCAGCAGCAACCAUUCCACCAGUGUCAGCAGCAACCAUUCCAUCAGCGUCAGCAGCAACCAUUCCACCGGUGUACGUGUCAGCAGCAACCAUUCCACCAGUGUCAGCAGCAACCAUUCCAUCAGCGUCAGCAGCAAUGUCAGCAGCUAAUCUACGAACAACUGCAGCCACUCAGCUACCAUCAUCUCAGAUACCGCAAAGCAGCUCUAAUUUGCCCAGUUUUGAGGUUGUAGUACCCUAUUCGCAGCAGACCCGAAAGUACAUUAUCAAAACUCCGACUCGACAGACUGCCAUUAGGCGUUUGGUCCGAAAGAGUUACACCGCUCUUACCUCUGGUACCGUAAACUCUCCUAGGGCAAAGAGGGCAUUGUUAUCACAGUUGGCACUGACAAUCAAAAAUGAGAUGAAGAAGAUAGGUACAAAUAAACAUGAUUCAAUUUUAAGGGACAACAAUGAAGCAGUGAAACGAUUCAGCUGGGAGACAGUGAGAUUGGAGCUUUAUAAGAUGGUUCCAACUCUCAUGUCACUGCUUUCGCUGCUGAUACCAAACCCAGAAAACCGUAUACCCCUUAUUUGCACUAUUGCAUCCCAAUUGUUGAAGUGCAGGCAUCAACACCUAUCGUUAGUCCAGAGGGUUGUUUCCGUCAUGUUGUAUGGACAUGGAACUCACAAGCAGGUGUUCAGCAAUCUGCAGCCACUGAACUUAUGCCUCUCCCACAAAGGAUCGCUGAACAUUGUGAGAGGUAUUUCUCAAGACUAUGACGUUGAAGUACAAGAGUGGCGGGACAAGUUGAUUGAGAGAAUCCCCAAACCCACUGCGGAUGUAUCGGUAAAAUUUGUAUCAUUUAGUAAUUUUAGCGUGUAUAGAAUACUCAUAUCACAGUAUCGAUCGCUGACACUACCAUCACAAACCGCUACUGAUGCGGACUACUCCCUGACAGAACAGGAUGUACCUCUGAGCGAGCUUAACGCAAGCUUCUCAUCUGAUGACUAUAGUCAUCCAGAUUUUAGUCCGAUUACAUCUGUUGAGGAUAAUGAGGUGGAUGAGAACGUAGCAGAUGAUCUGGAGACCAGUUUAAUCGUUGAUGAUCCUCAGAAUCAAAGUGACCAGUCCCAGCCAACAUCAAGUUCCACUUUCACCUGGACUGGAUUUAAAUUUGUUGGGGACAACCUCGAUAAGAGGGUGAAGCCACGGUAUCAAAGAGCAGAUAUGAGAGGCCAUGAAGGGCACUAUUUUCAUGGUUUUGCUGUUCGUGAUAGAAUAGAUAUGUGCAGGUUUUCAGAAGAGAAACCAUCUCGAGUUGAACCACAGGCAUCAGAGCUACUAGCCUCCAGUGAUGACGUCUCAGCUUACAAAACGGAGUUGGAGAUACUAAUUUCACGAAUACUAGUUGAGCACAUGGGAGAUGUAUUUGACAGUGAGAAGAAAAACGUCAUGAAACACAUCCCCAGUAAAUACUCGGAGGAAAUGGCAUCUUCAUCGAAAACGGUUCCGCUUAGUGUAUUGCUUCUUAAUGAGAAUAAGCUGGAGGAGAUGAGCCAAAUUUUGAAGCACUACAUGGAGCUGGUCCCUGCUUUGUCUUGUGAAGGCAAAUUUACUCUUGGGAAUGGAACCACUAUCACGUUCGACGAUACAAGGCUAUGGGAAGUGCUUUUUGGAGGAGAUCAAUUAACGGUAGCCAGAAUUCGUGGAACACAGACUCUGAGGGACACUGAGGAAAGCCCUGGAGAUCGGCUUGAGGGCAUCAUCCCUGUGGUGGAGGACUGGCACACUAGGAUGACCUUCUUGAGGCUUGUCUGGGGGCGUCACUAUAGUAAAGAGUCUACCCGGGAAGUAGGCACCAUGUAUCACCUUCGAAAUCUAAUAUGCAGGAAUGUUGUACCAGCUGACCCGGAGAAGAACAUGAAUGCAGCCGAAGACUUUAUGCUCCUCCUUGUACAUUGCCAUGUCACAGCAGCUGCACAUCAUUUAAUGCAAAAGAAAGCUCACAAUUUGGCCACGUUAACCAAGGAGAUAAUCGAUACGUUUGUGCAUUUUCAAGAUGUUUCUCAGAUUGGUCAAACAACACCCGAUUCUAAUGAUAAGGUGCAUCUAUACGCCACAGAGCUUCUCUCGUUGGGUCUUCUUUGGUACGGGUUUCACGAUGCUGUAAGGGAGGCAGAUGGAGACCGCAUAUUAAGAUACUGGAAGCUGCUUUUGGUGCCUUUCAAAUCAUCAGCGCAUAGGAAUUAUGCCAAAGAAGCAGUGAAUAUUCUUUUUCAGUAUCAUUAUGUAUUUUCUGAGAGGCAAAAGAUGCAGUUGCUGUGGAGCAGGUGUGUUAACACAAGAGGUUACAAAGGUGCUAACAUACCAUGUGAUUUAUACAUGGAGCAUCUCAAUCGAAGAUUGAAGACAGUUGUUCGUGGCAUGGGCUCCAAUGUGUCACCAGAUAAAAUACAGAGAGCUGGGAAAACACUACAGCCGAUACAAACUGUGUGCGAAGCAUUUGAGAAAGAGACUACCAAUGAAAUACGAAGUGAUAGGCAUCCCUAUCCAUCUUUUGAAAAAGAUUUUAAGCUAAUUUUUGAUACACUGAUCAAAAACAAAGUGUUUAGCGAUGUUCCUGGCCGAAACCAUCCCAGUUAUAAAUUCAAGAAAAGUAUUUUCAAACUGAACUCCAGAAAUGAACUUAUAAAAAAAGUUAACACAACCUUAAAGAAGCUAGUCUAGAAUAAUACUUUGCAUGUUGUGUGUAAUGUAAUCAUGAGUUCGUUGCAAUAAAGCCACAAAUGUCACAACAA